GGACGGGUUUCCGGGCUGGGUCAACGCCGGGGACAGGAGGAGGCUGCUGCAGUCGCCGGCGGCGGAUGUUGUGGUGGCGAAGGACGGGUCGGGGGAUUUCAGGACGGUGGCGGAGGCGGUCAAGGCGGCGGGGAAGAGGGGAGGUGCCGGAGGUUUGUGAUAAGGGUGAAGAGAGGGGUGUAUAAGGAGAAUGUGGAGGUGGGGAGCGGGUUGAAGAACGUGAUGCUGGUCGGAGAUGGGAUGAGGAACACUGUUAUUACCGGCAGCCGGAGCGUCGGCGGUGGGUCUACUACUUUCCGGUCUGCGACGUUUGCGGUGAACGGCGCCGGAUUCAUCGCCCGCGGCAUCACCUUCCGCAACACCGCCGGUCCACAGAACCACCAGGCGGUGGCCCUCCGAUCGGACUCCGACCGGUCGGUAUUCUACCAAUGCAGCAUCGAGGGCUACCAGGACACGCUCUACGUCCACUCCCAACGCCAGUUCUACAGAGAGUGCUACAUCUACGGCACGGUGGACUUCAUCUUCGGCAACGCCGCCGCCGUCCUCCAGAACUGCAUGAUCUACGCGAGGCGGCCGAUGAAGAGCCAGAAGAUCACGAUCACGGCGCAGGGCAGGACGACACGAACGAGAACACGGGCAUCUCGAUCCACAACUCUCGGGUCCUGGCUGCCGGAUGGCUCGAGUGGGACGCGGGACUUUGCGUUGGAUACUCUGUACUACGGCGAGUAUGGGAACACGGGUCCUGGAGCUCCGACGGGUCGGAGGGUGAAAUGGCGGGGUUACAGGGUCAUCAGGAGUGCGGCUGAAGCGUCGAGGUUUACUGUUGACAACUUCAUAGCGGGAAGGUCGUGGCUCCAGCUACAGGUGUCCCAUUCAACUCUGGUCUUUAGUAACUCUGUUCUGCACAGCCUGCAAAAAAACUGA